AUGAGUGAAGUCCAGCCAGAAUCUGUGCCAGAGAAGCUUCAAGACCCUGUACAGGAACCUGUACAAGAGCCAGCUGGUGAGAAUAAUCAAGAGCAUGCACAGGAACAUCCACAAGAUGAUUCACAAGAUAAUUCACCUGAACCGAUGGAAGUGGACCAGGAACCUGAUACUGCACUGGAAGCAGACAUUGCGGCUACAGAUGCUGAACUGAAAGAAUUCUUCCCGCAACUCCCAGUAUCCAAAGUAAAGAAAAUCGCCAGAAGUGAUCCUGAAUAUUUACUCACGUCAAACAAUGCAUUCGUAGCUACUGCAUUUGCAACUGAAAUCUUUGUCAAGGCCUUAACGGAGGAAAUGCUGGCCCAAUCACAUCUAUCGGGCAAGAACAAAGAUUCCAAGACUGUAAGGCUUACUUACAACGACCUAGCAGAAUGUGUCUCGAAGAAGAAUCAAUUCAUGUUUUUGGAAGACGUGGUGCCACGUACUAAAAACCUUAGGUCAUUGGUUAAACAGAACAGAGUCAGGUAUACGACAGCAACCAGUGUUGCAGGUCCAUUGGCCAAGGGACAGACUCAGCUGCCCUUUAGUAAACAAGAUAUUGACAAGUCUAACGAAUCACAAAGGCCUAUCGACGUGGACAAUGAAACCGUAGAUAAGGAAGAAGAAGAGAUUGACGAGGAGGAUGACGACGAUGAUAUGGAAGAUGAUGAAGAAGAGAUGAGGGCAGCAGAAAGGGUUCAAGAUGAACAAGUACAGAAACAGGUGCAGGAGAUCGAGCAGAUGAAUCAUGUUGCAGAUCUCGAUAGAGAAGAUUCACAGGUGGAACAGAGUGAUCAAGAGGAAUGA